AUGCGGUUUGAAGCUGAACAGCAGGGAAAAAAGCACUGCCCUUGUGAACGCUAUAGUACCGAGUCUGACGGAGCGGCUGACCCGUUUCACUACACCUCAAAGGCACCCGGACGAAUCUCCUCAUCCAGCUCCGAGUUGAGCACGGAUCCUGGGCUCCGCCCUGGACGUGCGUGCGGAAGCGUCCCAACCUUGGCCCCUAGCACCAAGAGCACAAGGUCGCUUCUUUCCAACCCCCAUGUGCUCGGAGCCGAGUCGGGACGGUUGGCACAACCCACAGCCUUCUGUCGCCUCCUCGGCGGAGCGGAACUCUCCGGUGAUCCCGAAAGGUGCUCAGCUAGGGGCAGCGCCGCUGGCUCCACAGUCAGAAAAGCUCCGCCUCCGACCGGUCUGGAACAGCUUGAUAAAGGCAGGUGCGGGAAAGCAGCAGGAACCCAGCUCGCAGCAUCUGCCUAUGUUCAGAGUCCCUGA